AUGAGGAAUUAUUCGGAUGAAAUAGUGAAGCACAUUGAAGGUUGCUGGAAAUCCGAAGUCGAUGAACGGACGGAGUGGAAUUUUGUCACUUCAACUUUAUACGGAUUUGGCAUUGUCACAACACUUGGUUACAAUCGUAUAGCGCCGAUUACGCUGACCGGCCGUAUGUUCUGCAUUCUGUACGGACUGUGCGGCAUACCAGUCACAAUGAUCACUAUCGCCAAUGUUGGCCGUUAUCUUAACACAUUUGCAAAAAACUGCAAACAAAAGGUUUGUCUGCAAAAUUUUGUUAAUAAGGGAAUGCAGAAGAAUAGCCAAAUGCGGGAAAAAGGAGUGCAGCUGCAUUCGGAGGCAUAUGAUGACUUUUUUAAAUAA